AUGUGCUCGUGCCGCCUCCGCCGCUCCUACUACCCAGCCAAGCGCGCAUCCGCUGCAAAACUCCACCUAACAACACUGCAUUGCAAUCUCCUCCUCCAGGCGAGGAAGGGAGCCAGUAAGUAGCCAGCCCCCACCCGCGCCCCCACCCCACCCGGAGCUCAACCCCCGCCCCCUUUCCCUACCACGUAUAGCCGAUCCCCCCUCUCUCCCCCACCCCUCCCUCGGAGCACACACACCCCUCUUCCAAGGCAAGGUGCCCCCACUGAAGUUUGAGAUCAGCUGUUCGAGGAGAGUCUGCGCUUCCUUCUCCGUCUAGCUUGCGCCUCCUGCCGCCGCUGCCGCCGCCGCUUGCUGUUGCUGCAUUCAGAUGGGAUGAUCUCCCCCACCCUCCCACCAGCCAUGCGGCUGCAGCUCCCACCAGCCAGCAGUGGGUGACUUUUUUCCCCUCCUCUCUCCAUCGUCUGCUCUCUCCUGGUGUCUUCUCCCCCCCCCCCCGCUGCCACGCGCACAUCUCGAGCUGGGCUCGCCCCUCGGUGGCUGCUGAGUUUGGUGGCGGUGCAGGAACGGUGAUGGGUCGCUUGAACGCCUUCUCCAAACGCAUUCGCAGGGCGGAAGCAGCGGCAGUGGCUGUCUGGCUCUCAGGCGAGGCUUGACUGAGUGACUGGCUGGCGAGAUUCCCUGGCAGCCUGAGAUCUGCGUCUGGCUGGACGAUGCAUUCACGUGUGCGCCAGCCCAGCGUGUAAUGCUGCAGUGGGCACGCUCAGCAGCGCCCAAAGGAGCAUCUGCAAAAAAAAAAGGGACGGGUGAGAAGACCAGCCAACUGCUGCUGGAGCGCGUAUAAAACCAGGCAGCGCCUUGGAUCUGACUUCCUCCUUUCUCCAGCAGGCGAUUUCGACUCCCUCUCAAAUUGUACCAAAGCUCAUUCCACGGCUGCUUCCUUUGCCACUUGCUCUCCAGUGCAAAGCCCACUCUGCCUUUCACGUGUAGCUUAUCUUUGCCUGGCAACCACUAGUUCUCUCUCCCUCCUUACACACACACUCCCAACGGCGCAGACUCCCCCUGAUCUGAAAUUAAUUUGUUUGUUUGGUUGCAGCACCGAGCCAGCUAAAGGUUAGGAUUUCAUUUAGCCUUUUCCCCAUCCUGGUGCAAAGGAAGCGAUGAAAUUUCCAAUUGAGACUCCAAGGAAACAGGUGAACUGGGAUCCUCAAGGUUGGUGCUGCUUUCUCACUCGUUUCUUGUUUGUGUUUUAAAUUAUCUUCGUUGCCCAUCUUUCUAACUGGGAUUGUUAUUCCUCCUACCUAAUGAAUGGGAGAAAGGAGACGGCUUUGGCUGUGAUUUGGACCGGAGGCUUUGUUAUUGACCCUCCUCUCCCUGCUGACUCCCGUCUUGGAAGAUGGUCAACAUUGCUGUGAUCUUUCUGGAGUGCAGAGUGGGAGGGAGAGAAACUUGUCCAACUGAAAAACAAAACAAAACCCAAGAACCAGAAAAACAAACGUGAUGUUGCCUCUUGCUCCCCCACUCUCCAAUUAUCACCCCCUCCCCCCGUACACUAUUUUAGUCUUCUGGAUGAAAACUUGUCUUGGUUUGAUAAGGUCCUGGAGAUCCUUAUAUUUUGUUUGCGAGAUUCCUUUGUUGCUUCUGGGGAUCAUUGUCUCCCGUAAAAGGGGCGGUGGAAGCUGAGAGUGAGCAUCUGCUGUCCACUUUGGUGCCCUCAAUGUCAAAUGUCUCUUAGCAGCUUGGUGGGUGGGAUAAAAAGUGAAUGCGGUAAGACUCCUAUUGGGAUUGCAGUCAUAAAGGCAUGGUAAAUAACAAAGCUUGACAAGACCUUCAGCUGUUGGGUCGUCACCCUGUUAACAACUGUGUUAGCACUCCUGCCUUGGUGGGUGGGUGGAUUAACUCUGUGUUUAAGCGGAGGUUGUGUUGUGAAAAGACUGUUUGGGUGGGUGAUGGUAUAGCACACAAGGCUCGUGUACGUGUCACUGCUGUGGCUUUCUGUACAACAGUCGGAGUUGUUUAGAGCACAGGGAUACACAAAAAAGCUUGUUUCCAGCAAUCUGUGGCAUGUAUUGAUUGUGGAAUAAAUGCCCAGUAGCAUCCUUUUGGUUUAUUCUUCUUCUUGGGAGUGUGGUACAUAUUUAUCUGGGUGUAAGGAUUCGUUUAGGUUUUGGAACCAGCUGAAAAUGCAUGUCCAUAAACUUGAAUAGAAAUAUUCUAACAGUUCAGUGUUGGUGAUGCAUGUCAGAUUUAUAUGUUUUCCAAAGGACUUGGUUCAGCUCCUUCCUUUCCCUGCUCACCUCAUUCUUUGUGCUCUAAAAUGUGCAUGUACUGGGGAGAAAUAUCCAAUUGAGUGCUGACUUCAUGCAUGGCUAUGUCUUUAAUAGCAUGACAACUGAAUUAUGGAAAUAUCCCAGACACUUGGAUUUCACCAAGGAUACGUGCAGAAGAAGUGUGCUUGCCUCUACCUUUCAGAGAAUGAUUUAUUGCCAUCAUGAAAACGAUGACGAUUCUGAAAUCUUUAUUGUGUGACAGCUGGAAGAAUGGCUGUCAUGCAAUUCAUUUUUUUUAAUUAAAAAGUUUGAUGUUUCUCCAGUCUAAAAAUAAAUAAAUUGGGCAUUGCAUGAUUACUGUGGUGAGAAUGGGCAGUGGUGCUUAUGCAUGUGGCCAGAGCCAGAUAUUUAAUCAGCUGUGAAGGACGUGAUUCUUCGUUCCCAACAGGUGGCUGGCUCCAGUUCACCAACUGGCCUGAGAUGUUCAAAUCUUCAAGUGACAGCCAGCCAGUUAGUUCAAAUGCUGGGAUUUGUUUCUCCUGGGUGAUGUGCUACUGUGCUGACAUCACGUAUUAGUCAUAAAGUAAUGCCAAGUAGAAGGAUAGAUUAAACUUCAGCUAUGUUGCAGACACUAGGGCUAGAACAACUUUGGCUGUACUUUUAACAUCAUGGGAGCCACUUUCCCAUACAUUUGCCCAAGAGUGCUGUUGUGAGAUUGAAAGGUCUGCUGCCACCUGAGCCAGUCCAGUGCCUUGGGUCCUUACCACCUGUUUGUCACCCUCAAUCUCACCCAUGGUGACCACAAUGCGCCUGAAGUGAGUUUGUAGGGCAUUAGAGGAGUGGUUCUGUGACCUGGAACCGUGCAUGGUGUGAAAGGAGAUGAUGGCGCCAUUUUGCUGAUGCUAAGUGGGUCUGAGUAUGGUCAGUAGCUGGAUGGGAGACUGCCUGGGAGACAUGUUUGCCACCUCAGAUUCCACAAUGGGAGAAAAGGUAGGCUAUAAAUAUUAAGGUUGUUAUUUUCAUUAUUAGCAAAUAUUAGUAGCAAAUGAAUAAUAAUAGUAACAACAACAACAACAACAACAUAUGGUCAUAUAGUAAUAAUAUGGUAUUGUAUUCAUAUAUCUCAGUACUCUUGAGAGUCAGCAUGGUAUAGAGCUUAGAGUGCUGAAUUAAGACUGGGGAGACACAGAUUCAAAUUCCCACUUGAAUAUGAAUGGGUGAUUGGGGGCCAGUCACCUUCCUCACAGUGUUGUUGUUAGGAUAAAAUGGGGGGGGCACCAUUUAGAUUUCUUUAAGCUCAAUGAAGGAAAGGCAAAAUAUAAUUGUAAUUAGUAAAUAAAAAUAAUAACUACAUUAUCUUGAAUUAUACCCUCUGUUUUCUCCACUAGGGAUCCCUCUAGUUGGAAACAUGGGCCAAUUCAGACUGAAAGUUCCAAGCUGCCUCUGGUAACCUAUCCUUUUCUGAGAAAUCAGCAGGGAGCACCCCUUCUCCCCAGAUUGUGAGCAUAGCAGGAUCUGGGAAUAUGAGAUCUCUUGAGAACAUGGUCCUGUCUAGAUGUCAUUAUUGGACGAUUUGCUGUCAGAAGGUUCUGGUGGCUUGAUUUCAAUGUGCAGUUUUCCUCUCAUAGCAAACACAUUCUUUGCAAAUGCUCCUAGCUUGCAUUAAAACAGCUUGCAGAUGACCUAUCUCUCCAUUACACAUUUGCCUUGGGUGCAUCAAAUAUAAUUCAAUGUACAAAGUGUUGGAUCCAGAGUUCCCAUGAGAAGAACUCUGCUCAUGAGAUGCUCUCAAAGGAGGAAGGGUGUGGGUGAGGAGGCAGUUUUUGGCAGUUCCUUCUUCCAUUUGUAGCCAUCUCUGCCCACUAAAAAACUGCUGGAAUGAGGCAGCGAGUGACCUUCUGGAACAGAGUGUGACAGGCAAAGGUGAAUUGGAGAAAAUUGCUGCUGUCCACUUCAGUGCUGGCCUCUCUUGAGGCAAGGUGAGGUGACCUCAGGUGGCAGAUUCCACCGGGGCAGCAGAUCUCAAUGUUGAUCUCUCCUCGUUUCUGAUGAAGAGCUUCUCUGAUCCCUUCUUUGGUGCGGACAGGAGCACCAUUUUGGGGUCAGCCUCAGGUGCCAAAAUGUCUUGAGCCAGCCCUGCUCUCCUUCCUCCUGAAGUGAAAGGCUGCUAGAUAUCAGUCCCUUCUGUGAACAGAAGGAAAAUCCUGGAUUUCACUCAAAGAAUUAAUAAAAUAAACAAAUGAAACCAAUAGGAAACUUUCAACACACAAGUCCAUUGGUUUAUCCUUUUUUUUAAGGUGGGGGGAACGCCUGAAUUACUGAAUGACUUAUUCACAAUGUAUUUUAAUGCCUUAUAUUGAGGUGGGGUCAUAUAAUAUAGUUUCCUUAAUACCAUUGAAAGGAACUGGUAUUCUGGAUCUGUGGUUGGCAGUAUCAUCCACCUAUCAGUCUGUUGUUUUUUAAAAAUGUGAACUGCUUUGAGAACCAUUAUUAUUAUAAUUUAUUGAAUUUAUAUACUGCCCGAUACCAUGAAAUCUCAGGAUGGUUCACAGAACAUUAUGGCUGAAAAGCGGUAUAGAAAUAUGGUAAAUAAAUACAUUAUAUGGCAAAAUGUAGGGGAUGGUUUCACUUGGUACCGUAACCUUGCACAAUUACUAACAUACACACUUAGAAUUUCAAACUUCAUGGAUCACUUAUAUGUGAGAGAUUGGAUAAGUAUUUGGAAGAAUAGAAUACUGUAACCCUGACCCUGACUCCAAUCUAAGAGGUCUGGCAGAUUGCUUAUUUGUUUGUUUAUGUGCAUUUUAGUGUUCAUGGCUAUAAAUUGUGGGGUAAUAAUCAUUAUCUGAAGAAUGGGGGGUGGGCAAUGAUAAACAUAAUUGCCAACUGUUAAGUGAUUUCACGUCUGACAUGGAUUGCAUGCAUUGCAAGGUAACUACAGUGCUAAAAACAACUUCAAAAGUCUGCCAGUUCUCUGGAUUUCUACCUACAUUACUUUUCUGAGUGUAUGUGUUGUAAAAUGUCUCUAAGAUGUGUGCCUUGUGAUUGGCAAGUGACUAAAUGUGUGCCUGACUCCUGGGGUGAGUUCCGAUCACCCUAGCUUUUAAUGUGAUGAAUGAUGUUUGCUUGAAGUUUUGAAUCCACAAAUAUAUCCAAUAUUUCAAACUCUUACACUCGGUAGCUGUCAUUGAGACAAUAGCUCCCAUUUGUUCGAAUUAUCACUUUGCAAAGUAGAUAUUGACGGAUUGAAUCUCAAACGCAAACUCAACCAUUCUCAUGGAAGGACCUAGGGCUGAUCCAAAGACAGCUUUGUUUCCCGCUUUCUUCGCACAAGUGUGAACAAUGUCCUAUGUAGGUUUGGAACUUGCGGAACUUAGAAAUGGCAAGUUCUGUUGAGCUCCCUGUUGAACACACAUGCUCUGAGUGAUAAGUGACAUGGCCCCGAGAGCACCAUGUAUAAGACAAGCAUUGAUAGUAAUUGCAGAUCUUCUCAAUUCACUUGAAUGGAAUCAGCGGGAGCGUAAGGCGAUGAAGUAAUGAGGAUAGAUUGGCAGAGAUGCUGGAGAAUCAUUAGCAAACUUUGCGGGACUAAUUUUACUGUGCUUAUCCGCGGCUCAGUGUUUUGAACUUCUGUAGUGUUAUAGUUGUGUAGCCUGAGAGAGAGCGCAAGCUCUCCACAGUUGCCACGGUAACACUAGUCAUUUGGGCCUGUCUUUGUUGGGGAGAAUGUGCGCAAGCUCUUCAGCCUUAAAAGAGAACUUUGUGAGAUCUGAACACCUCUAGAGUUUCUCACCAACUGAGCUUGGAUCUUUAUGAUGUAUUGCCUUUUGCUUUUGACAGGCUUUUUGA